AUGUCUUUUAGAAUAUAAGUCACAGACCCUGUGAAAGAUAAAAUUUCUAUCUUGGAAGUAGAAUAAACGCUCACUGUAUUGGAUUUGAAGGCAUUAAUAGAAGUUGAAUUCUAAAUAGCAGUAGCCAGAUAAUUAUUGAUUUACGGAGGAAAAGUCAUGAUUGAUAAUGAUACUCUCUCAAAGUAUAAUAUGCAGAACGAUGAUUUGGUUCUUAUUGAAAGGAAAUAAAAAUAAUAAAGAACCCCUUUGGAAUAAGAAGCCAUCAAAUUGAUCAAGCAUUGCCAAUAAAAUCCUCAUUUGAUUGAGGGAAUGAGAAGCAAGGAUCCAAAAUUGGCAGAAUCAAUUGAAAAUAAAAAAUUAGCAGGUGUCAUAGAGUACAUUUAAUAAUAAAAAUAAAAAAAAUUCUAAGAAUAGUAAGAAUACAUACGAAAGAUGUAGCAAUUGGAGUAGGAUCCCCUUAACCCUGAAAAUUAAAAACUUAUUGAGGAGAUGAUCAACAAAAAAAAUAUUGAAGAGAAUCGAGAAUAUGCUUAAGAAUUCAUUCCUGAAAGUUUUGGAACUGUCACUAUGUUAUAUAUUGAAUUGUCAAUUAAUCGUCAUCCUGUUUAGGCUUUUGUUGAUAGUGGAGCACAAAGUACAAUAAUGUCAAAAGCAUGUGCAGAAAGAUGUGGAAUUAUGAGAUUGGUAGACACGCGUUUUUAAGGUAUAGCUUAAGGAGUUGGAACAUAAAAAAUUAUCGGAAGAAUUCAUGUUGUGGAAAUGUAAAUAUUAGAUCAAUUUUUACCAUGUUCUUUAACUAUUUUGGAUGGAGAUGGCAUUGAUUUUUUGUUUGGAUUAGAUAUGCUUAAAAGAUAUUAAUGUAAUAUCAAUUUAAAAGAUAAUUGUUUAAUAUUUCCAAAUGAAAAGUUGAAUGUACAAUUUCUUCCAGAAGGUUAGAUUCAUCGAAGGAUAAGUAUAUAAUAAGAAUAGGAAAUCUUAAAAAGACAAAACAGCGAAUCUUAAAUAGAAGAAGAAUAGCCUAUUAAAAUUUCAACUUAACCAGAAUAAUAAUAAUAAUAAUAAUAAUAAUAACAAUAAUAAUAAUAAUAAUAAUAAUAAUAGCAACCCAAUACUCAUACUAGACAUCCAGAAUCUUCAAUACAAGCAAUUAUUAAUAUUGGAGCUUCAAGAGCUGAGGCUAUUAUUGUAUUAGAUUAGACAAAUGGUAAUUUAGAAAUAGCAGCAUCAAUUAUAAUGUAGUAAAAAUAUGGUUUUAAUUGA